AUGAAGAGAAUGUUCGAUGAUUUAAAACAGCCAAUCACAUUCAAUGGCGAUAUGGUGGAGGAGAUGAAAGGAACUAUGCAGGCACUUCUUGAUGGAAAUAAAAUGAUUAAAAAGGAACAGGCACAUCUUAGGUUGAGGAUAGUAGAGCUGGAAAGUGAAAUUACUCGCAUUGAAAGCUCUACAAAAGAUGAGCUCAGUGAGAGGAGCAAAAAUGAAAAAGACUCCUAUGGCAAUGAAGUAUCCAGAUUAGCCAGACCAUUACCAGUAGAAUAUCUUUUGGUCGACGUUCCAGCUUCAACCCCUGUCACCCCUACCUACAGCUUCAAUCCGGACUCAACCAAACAACCCUUCCCAGAUUUCAACGCUUUGGCCAACUAUUUGCAACAAUUCUCCUUUGACCAAUCGGACGAAUUUUAUGAAGCAAUUUCGGAUUUCCAUUUGCUAAUUUAUAUUGCUACAAUGGAUAUGUUGCCAAUGCGCGACGACCUCGGUCCUUUGCUGGAAGCUUUGAAAAACAAAGACCGCGAGGCAGCUGUCCAGUGGUCCAGAUCCGAACAGUGGGCAACAUUGGAACAGUUGAUUGUUGCCAGUUCACCACCAACAUCCAGGCCAGGAAGUGUAGCAGGUGGUACUGUAGGAAGUUCAACGACGCCCCGUGGGGGGCCGAUUUGGACUUGUUCUUUUUGCACGUUUAUCAACGAUGCCGAAGUCCAAAAUUGUGCCAUGUGCAAUUUGCCCAGGGCUCGGACAUAAGUCUAGACAAUUAUUAUUGAUUUCGGAGCUAGUUUAUGUACGAUUUUUUUUGAGUUUAUGUAGAUGCACAACUAACGCUGAGGUUUUUCAGUUUGAUCAGUUCAAUCAGUUAUUAUUGUAAAUAAUACCUAAUAAUAAUUAAUUAUUGCAAUUAGUGUAGAUAUAAGGCAAUUUAAUUUAACUUAUAAUUAUUAUUAUGUUAUCGCAUGGUGGAGUGAAUAAAUUUUUAAACUUUC